CUGGACGCUCGCGAGCGUCAAAUAGGGAUCGCCGUAGCUCUCGUACAGGCUCGUUCCACCAAGCGCCGCCGUGCCCUCGUCAACUCCGCCGCCCCCGCGCCCUCGUCAAGCCCCAUCGCCGCACCCUCCUCAAGCGCCACCACCGCCGCGCCCUUGUCAAGCGACGCCGCCGCCGCGCCCUCGUCAAAGUCCGCCGCCGCACCCUCGUCAAGCGCCGUCGCUGCCGGCCUGGUCCAGCGCCGCCGCCGUCCUCGUUCGCCCGUGAACCAGUUGAGAGGGCAGCACUUCCUUUUGUCUGAUUGAGAAGUAGCCAGGUUCGUAACAGCAUCUGCGCCCUCCCUGCCGCGCCGGCCGCCGACCGCCCGCGCGAUGGGUUCUAGGUGCUGGUCGUGCGGCGAGGGCUCGGUGUCGCCGGACCCGGGCUCGGGCGCGCUCGUCUGCACCUCCUGCGGCCUCCAACACGACGCCGGCGCCUCCGAGUUCUACAAUCCGACCGCCUUCACCGAGGACGGCCAGGUUGAUUUCCGCGCCGCCUCCCUCGUCCGCCACCUCUCCCAGUCCCCCUACCGCGAGCUCAAGCUUGCCGCCGCCUCCAACGUCAUCACCUCCAUGGCCGUCCAACUCGGCCUCUCGCCCACCCGCGCCGAGGAGAUCCUCAGCAUGGCCAAAUCCGCCACCGCCGGGAACCUCGCCACCGCCGGCACCACCUUCCUCCCGGCCCUCGCCGCCGCCUGCUCCUUCCUCGUCGCGCGAUCUCACCGCCUCCCUCUCUCCCUCGCCGAGGCCGCCGAGGCCGCGUCCUGCACCACGGUCGCGCUCGGUGACCUCGUAUCCCGCAUCGCCUCCCACCUCUCCCUUCCCCCCCUCCCCUCCUUCGACUACCAGGCUGCGCUCGAACGCGCCGUGCUCGGCUCGUACAAGCUCACCACCGCUGCGGGAGAUGAGAAGACGAGAGCGAUUCUCUCCCAAGCCAGAUUUCUCCUCCGCUGCUCCUUCAAGUGGUCGCUCACCACCGGGCGGCACCCACUCCCACUUCUCGCCGGCCUGAUUGCUUUCGCCGCAGAGCUGAACGGGGUCGCUGAGGUUUCUGUGGAAGACAUUGCCCAGGAGAUGUCGGCGGUCGUGCACACCAGCCGUCUCCGAUACAAGGAGCUCGUUAAAGCGCUGGUGCAUGUCGCGCAGAAGUUGCUUCCUUGGGGUGCCGACGUCAAUGCCAGAAACCUGCUCCUGAACGCCCCAAUGCUGCUCUGGCUCAUGGAGAUGCGGUCACAGUCCGACCCCUCGGAACUGUUUCUUGAGAGCUUUGCUCCGGACAUCGCCGGCAUUGUGCAGGUGUACUCAUCUGUUGAUGAGGACGAGUCCAAGUACCUCCAGAUUGUUCCCCUGGAUGUUGAUGCUUUGGAUUUCAAGAAUUCUGGGAAAGAGGGCAAGGAAUCAGGGGAUUUGAAGAUCUCAGAGGAUUGCUUGUCAGAUGCUUACCAGAAUGUCUUAAAGAGGCUCUCUAAGCUAAAGGAACUUGGGAAGGUUGGGAAAGUUGCUAGCAGGAGGAAGCAGCGGAGGAUAGGGCUGGAGCUGGAACCAUGGAUGGAUUCGCUGGAUGAUCAUCGGACCAAGCGCAUGCCGCUUGAGGAGGUAGCAGAUAUUGACAUUGGCUAUGAUGCACCUCCUCCGUCGUUUAUUGCUGGAUCUGCAGAAGCGGAGGAGAGCACGAAUUGAAGCUGCUAAGUGUCGAAUCGCUGCAAUUAGGAAGGCUCCUGCUGCAGGCACUGCAAAUGCAAUUGAUUCACUGGCUGUUCAUGGAAAUGAAGAUGCUUGUCCACCACAAAAAAAUAGCAGGAAGAAGCUGGGUCGAAAGAGACGAGAUGGCAAGGAUCAUCAUAUCAUGUAUGGAGAUCAUCCAGCGGAGAUGUCAGACGCUCCUGACUCUGAGAAGAAGAAACGUAAAAGAGACCCGUGUGAUGGUAUUGACUGGGAAGAUUGCGUUAUCGAACUCCUUUUAUUACAUGGUGCAAAUGAGGCAGAGAUUGAACAAGGCCAAUACAGAAGACUGUUGGAGUUGCAUGUCUUCAGUGCAAUAAGUGGAGACAGAUAAAAACCGUCGCCUUCUCCACUUAUUACGGUGAUAAACUCCCCCUUCUCCACUUAUUGCAUGGACGAAGGCGGAGUUGCAUGUCUAAAGUAUAUGACCAAGAUAGCCGCCUUCUUCCUCCAGGCUGGCAGUCACCUGUAGGCCAAUGUGAAGGUGACGAGAUACACAAGGGGUGGGAGAAGGACUGCAGGAGGACAUGAAGAUAUGCGCUGGUUUAGAUCCACCCGAUUCAUUCCAAGUUUUUGCAAGGUCCGCUUCUUAUGGAAAAUUUUGUUUCAAUGAGCAGCCUAGCCAAAUAAUUACAAUUAUUCCUUUUAGUUAGAUUUAGUAUUAGCUAAAUUAUUUUCUUCUGUGACAAUGAACAAACUGAGUAUAAUUUUAUUUCUGCAAGGUUUUCACUCACUAUGAGAAGCUACUCACACAUGCAUGACGCAUGAUAUAGAUGCAUUCCUUAUAUUAAUUUUCGAUCUGUUAGCUUUGAGCCUUUGACUUGUCUUUUUCAUACAUCUGGAAAUGUGCACUCCACAAGUGUGAUUCGGAGGAGACUUGAUGAGCUCACUCAGAGGGUUGGUAUUGUUCAGGUCGGCUUCACUAUUUUUCCUCUCGUCUUGUAUGUUGCCUUUUAUCUGUAUAAUGAACCUAGAAUAUAGGUAUGUAUUUUGUAGUACUUAAUUUUUCAAAGUGAUGACCAGUACCGUGAAUCUUGACGGAUACUGUAUUUAUUUGGUGAUAUACUUUAGCCCAGAUUAUUGGAUUUUUGUUCAGAUAUACUCCCUCUGUUCCGAAUUACUUGUCUCGGAUAUGGAUGUAUCUAGAACUAACAUACAUCUAGAUACAUCCAUUUCUACGACAAGUAAUUCCGAACGGAGGGAGUAGUUUCAACAAGUGAAUCUUGAGUUGUUUGUGUUGCAGCAGAUACUUCUAUAUUUUUAUUGACUAAAAUUAAUGCCCAUUUGUGAUCAUGCGAAUAUUCUGAACUAGAACUUUAGUACAACCCUUCAUUUUAUUUAAACUUGGCAAGACAAGUUAUUUUAAUUAUCUUGAAGUUGCCUCCCAGGUGAUUAUUCAAUGCAUGUUGGAACAAGCUUUAUCAUGACCCAUCAAGCACUAUGAACUGAUCUGGCUUCUGUCCAUAUUUUUUGAGACAAUUAGUGUGAGACUCAUAUCUAAUUCCAUCAAAUACAUAGCUGACAAGUAUCACCAGCUAAAUUGACACACUUCACUGAAGAUACAUGUCACUUGAGGUUUGCAUGGGGUACAGGUUACAAUAUCUUCCCUUUAGGGCCACUCCAUGAGUCCUCUGCCCACACUACUAGCCCAUUAUACCAAGCCGAUGGGCAUCAAGCACACGCGCGUGGGGUGGAUGUUCAUCAUGAGCGACGGACAGCGUCAAUCGCAUUCAAACGCAAGGUGGAACCGUCUUUCUCUCACCGUACAUCUACUGUGAGAGCCACCUCUCAACACCGUCCAGCGCAUAUAUAUAACCCGUCUCGCAUACUAUGUGCAGCUAUAUGCCUUGUGUCAUGUAUAGUAUAAUUCGCACUGCUGUGCUUUACUUUUGAACCAGUUAAUCUAUAUGUAAUGCAGCACCUAACCAAUGUAUCGCUAGGUUAUGAGGGAGUGACUACAAUAGAAAACGCGCUUGUGGUACAAAAAUAGAAAAAAAAACGUCCUGGAGCGUCGGAUCCAACAUGGAUGGCCCAUAUUCUAGUGAGGGAUCUGUGCGCUCAUCUUUGUAAAAUAGUCCCUCAUUUCCAAUUAUUUUGCUCCCGAUCUCCUCUUAUUUUCUACCGGUCAUCUCCUUCCAAAUCGAGCCGCGGCGGCUGAGGUCCAACAAAUCCCCAACCCUAAUGGCUUGCCAAUGGCGACGGCGGUGUAGAUCCUGUACCUAGAUGGGCGACCUUGGCUACUGGAGGAAGCUUUCCAUUUCUGCCCCUAGAUGUACCUAGCUGGGCGACCUUGGCUACUGGAGGAAUCUUGGUCGUCUUGUCGCCGGUGGUCGGGCUGCACGGGCGGACCUCUCCUGUGCUGCGCCGCGACGCUGUCCGAGCCAAUCUCCAGCACAUAAGCCUCGAUGAGCAAGAAGCACCAACACCGAAGAUGCUCAUGUCCAAGUGGCCAGAUUACGAGGAGAGAGCAAGACUUGCUUGAUGCCAAAACCCCUGUAACUGAGUGGUCUGUCCACUCUGCUUUGCAUUGAGUUUUUAUCAGAGUUGUAGAUCAUGGACCAAUGGACCAAUCCUUGCCGAGAAUUGAAAUCAGAAUUAUGUAAUUCUGCAUAUGGUAGUUGUUAACCUGCUUUAUGCAUGUUUCUACUGAUUAAUUCUGCUUGUAAUAAGCGUAGAUUAUUGCUGGAUCUUGGUUGCUUCGCUUCCUGCCAUGCUUUUGCUAUUGGAAAGAAUUAUUGUGUUCCUGCAUAUAAGAGCUACUGUGUUUGGAUGAUGGAUAUUUAAUUUUUUUUGGUUGAUGCA